GAAGUUUGCAAACUAUCGGUCAGUUUACAUCGCGCAUUAAACCAGAACGACACCUGCCAAGUAAUAACAUUAGUACCUGGUAGAAGCUGGAAUUUAUGACAAGUGUCAAUUUACCUCUUUUAUAAGAUUAAAGAAAAAUAUGAUAAUUAUUAAAGUAGUUUUUGGACUGGUCUUCCUAAUACCAAUUACGAUUUCAUUGGUACGGAUCAAUAUUUGGCACGACAAAUUAAAACAACUAUGUUUUUCACGGGGCGAUACUUUAUACAAAGACCUAAUGUUUCACCAGCAGAAUUUAUCUUCACAUUUGUCUAGCUUCUACCUUAAAAAUUUGGAGUAUUCAAAUAAGAAAUACGAGUGUCAAAGUGACAUAAAUUCGAAGUUGAAGUUGGAGCUUUUUGUAGAUGCAGUGCAACUUUGUAUGGAUGAGCAGGACCGUUUACAAAAAGGCCAGAAAGAAAUAUUUAUAGUCCAACUCUUAGAAGUGGUUUGCAAAAUCUACGUACUCGGUGGAGGAAAAAUUCAUGAUCCUCACUGCGCGAAUAUCACCAGACCAAAACUGUCUGCAUGCAGACAGACAUUUCAUGAAUUUGAAAUGAUUCUUUUACCACUAAUCUAUAAUACUGGAGAGUGCAGCGAAACUAGAAGGCUCUUGGACUGUCUGGAGAGUCAGAUUAGUGACUGUAAUGAUAUUACAAGAAACGAAUUUCAAGCUUCCAACAAUGUAACUUUUUAUUCUCUCUAUGGAUGUUCGCACCAGAAGGAAAAUUUCGAUGCAUCAAACAUGGAGGAAAAAGUGGCUUAUCAAAAUAGAGACUUUGAAAUUGAACCAAUGAUUCGAUUUAAUUUAACCACCACUGAAUCUUCGGAAAUUCUAGAAGAAUCUUUAAAUGUAGAGCUAGUAACUGAAACUCAAAAAAUAGUGCGAUUUAACUUUACUAAAACUGAACUGAAGAAAAAAUGUAAUCAGAAAGGUGAUAUAUUAUCCAGAGAUGUUGAAAGCAGUUUUGCAGAGUUUUUAUCUGUUAAAGCAGAAAAGCAGUUUUCGAUUGCGUUGGCAGUUAAGUCGCACAGUCUGAAAAAUGAAGAGGAGCUGCGUACCGUGUUGAAUGAAAAUUGCUUUAAUGACGUGGACAUCAAAAAUUCGAUGGAAAAAAUGUUUAAUGCUGUAGAACAGUGCUUUCAAGGAGAAUAUCGUUUCGAUGAACUUGGAAAGGAAAAGUUGUUGACCAAAACCAUAGAUAAAUUCUGUUCUGGACUUGAUAUUACCGCCAGUCUUAUUCCUAGUGAUCAAGAGUGUUUUCACGAUUUUGCUACAUUCUUCAAAUUAGCAUCAUGUGGUAGAAAUGAUUCUGUUGAGCAAGUUUUUUUCGACAGUCUACCCUUAUUGUUUGCUUCUUCUCCAGAAGAGUGCAGUAAUCUCUAUCGUAUACAGAACUGUAAAUUAGAGGUUCAUGAGCAGUGCAAAGAUUCCACAAAAAACUGGCUGCAAGAACAAUUUAAUCAAGAAAGAAGGUUUGCAGGAUGUGAAGAUACGAUGUACAAUAUUACAUUUGUUAGGUAAUGUCAUUUUAUUUGACAAUUCACACAAUGAAGAUGCAUUUUUUAUGGCCAGAGAGAAAUAUUCAUAUUCACAUCUAAUUUUAAUAAUUUGAUUUUUAAAUUACGAAUUUUUGAGAUCCUAUUUGCAAAAUGAUAUUAAAUGACGUAAGAGAACUGCAUACACU